GUCCGUUCCGUGAACCGAUGCGGAUAACGCCGAUGCGAUUCGUACCGGCGCGUUAAAUUGUCGCUUUUUAGUGCGAUUCGAUUUGGAGCCUCGGCGCGUGUUUUAAUCAACUGUAACUCGAAAAUACGCGUACAUACGUAAAUUUAUCUCCGAUGGACGACGAGACGCUUAUCGAGCGCGUGCGGCAGCACGUGGAGUUGUACGAUGUUUCCGACAAAAGGUACACCGACGCGGCUCACAAGCAAUGCGUAUGGAACGAGAUAUCGCAACACCUCGGGCACUCAGCGAUAACGUGCAAGACGCGGUGGAGCAACAUCAGGGACAACUACCGGAAAUCCCUGAAGAAACGAGUCACGAGAAGCGGACUGACCGGACAGCCCAGGAACGUGAGAUACAAAUACGAGAACAAGUUGACCUUCCUGCUGCCAUUCAUAAGGGAGAGAGACCCCAAUCACUCGGGUCCUCCUAUUAGGGAGGGCGACGAGGUGUUGACGGAGGAAGAGGCGAAGCCGCCGGUGAAGCGCGAUGAUAAUCGCGAUUUGCAAACGAGGCCGCCGUUCGCCAAUUCCGUGGUGAACGAGACGGACUCGCACGGCGAGGAACCAACGGCAAUGAGGGGCAAGCAGUCUGGACGAGAAAUCCCGGUCGAGAGCGAUUCAGGAUUUACCACCCCUGAAUCAACGAGAUCGAAUUAUUCCGCAGAAAGUGACGAGCCCAAGCUCCAGGUCGCGUUGUCCGUGUCCCACUCCGUCGACGCCUUCCUAGCCGGCAUCGCGCCGACCCUGAAGUCACUGAGCCCCUACAACCUGAAUAUCGCCAAGACCAACAUAUUCUCGAUCGUGCAGGAGGCAGAAAUGAUCCAGAUCAUGCAGCAGCAGCAGCAGCAGAAGGAGGAAUAUCAGCUGAGAAAGCGGCGAGCGAUCAGCACCUCGAACGAGUCCGGCACGAGUCCGUUCUCCAGUCCGAUGUACGAAACGACCGUGUCGUCGCCGUGACCGUACGAGACCUCCUCUUCUCGCCCGCUCGUUCGUCAAAUCGACGACACAAAUGUGAUAGCUACGGAUUCCACGGCGAAUUCGAACGAUCUCAUCUUCAACUAGCUAACAUCAUACUGUGCGCGAUCCGCGCGGCUCUCGACUUUUGUAGCUCGUGGUUUGUAUAUUUGAGAUUCGCGAACAGCAGAUUGAAUAGGCAGAGUCAUCGAAUUCGCGUUCCUUGUUUACCAUUCGUGCCGAUUCGCCCGUGGAGCGGUUUUUCGGCAAAAUCGAACCGCCCGCGAAUCACUACGAAUCAACAAUGUGACAAUUUGUGUUGCUCGCAUAUAGAACUAUAUAUUGUACAACCCUCGAAUCGCAAACACAAUGUGAAAGGGUCCAUAGUGACGAACGACCAAUUUCUGCAUGCGAGUCUACGAUGAAUUGCGCAUAGCUCUAGCUUGAGACGAAGCGAGACGUAACAAUUCAAAGCUAGCGAUAAUUCUCGUCGCAAUAAGAUUUUUUCAUAUUUGAAAUUUGUAAAUAUUUUUUGUUAUUAUAUACAUUAAACACAAUUAUGUACCAUACAUAUAUAUAAAACAUAAUGUAAAUACAAUUAGUUUAUAUACAAUUAGUACAACAUCGUACAUAAACAGUUGAUAAUAGCGUUUUGUAACGAGAGCAAAUUCUUUCCAAACAAUAAUUCGACGCGGUUUUUCAAGCAUCUUAAUAUCAAAUUAAAAUUCUUAAAGUUCUGCCUCUCUCGUCCACAUCAUGAUUCACGAAGAAGACAUUCACCUUUCUUGAAUGUCGUGAGAAAGAGAUUCAUUUAUUUAUCAUCUUUAACCAUCGUAAAAUCAACACAGCCG